AUGUCUAUUAUCCCUACCUACGUCCUCCGACUAUCGAAGAAACCUACGAUUUUCCGAAAACAACCCCUAGAUAAAACACUGGCUGAGACACUGGCAGCGCUACACAAUGGACAUGGCCAGGAGCCUCUACCUUUUUUUGAGGAUCACAACCAGCUUGUUCAAUACCCGAACCCACGCAGCCUUCAGCGUUGA